CGGGGUCGUCGACAGGGUCCCGUUGCGCGCAAUCGCUGUGAAAAUUAUGGUACCUGCUCCUCCUCGACCGCUCUCCCGCCGCACAGCUCCUCCAUGACUCCUCCCAUUUCCUGUGCCUACUCCACCUUUCCGCACCACAGAUCUGUGCUUCGGUUUGCGCUUCUUUGACAGUAGGGGUGCAUGGACUAGUGCCUGCGCGUCGCCCGUGGUACGAAGUAAUGCCCACCGAGACAUAACUAUCUCAGAGUUCGCGCCGCCUGCUCCGACCCCUCCGGGCAACCCGUCUUCGCCGCAGUCAUGUUUCGCCAAAGGACGAGUUCACAGAAGCCCGGGGACGAUCUACUGGCCAAUUUCAGGCAGCAGUUCCCUGAAGUUGCCGCAGCCACUGCCACCACCGCUGCUGCAGCCCCGACGAGGACGGCGACCGCAGCUCAUGCUGACGUGCCCGUCUCCGGACAGGAAAGAUCCCACAGUCUAAGUCAUGAAGCGUUCCGUGACCAGGACCCGACUCCACGGGGGUCGAAUGACCCCUGGCGGUUUACGCCGUCGUUAUUAGACCCUGGUUCCUUCUCGUUCACGAACUUCGCAAACCAGCCACCAGGGUACUAUACUCCUACUCCUGGGGGGACAAACACUCUGUAUCAUCCACAGGCUGGAGACCUUCACACGCCUACCCUAGGUCUGGGAAUGGGUCUCAACACUCCGUUGUCCCUGCCAAACUCCGAAGGGGCAGUGAACUCGGGCGCAGGGACGAUUGACAUGACCGCGUUUCAAAAUGGCUUUCAUCCCCAGCAGUUCCAGCAGUUCAACCCCUUCAUUCAGGGGCCUCCACCACAGCCGUCGUUUGCCCCAUCUUCAUUCAUGCCCCAGGACACUGGGUACGAGACAAUGGACCAAGAUGGGUCGCCAAUGGACUCUGACCAUGCCGACGAACAGGUGGGGUCCGUCGAUAACAGUUUUCAGGACCACACUCCGAUGGUGGCGUUCCAGGCAAGGCAGUUCGGGAUGCCCAUGUCUGUGCCCCUUCCGGCAUCUGCGGAAAAGUUCAGAUUCCACGCUGCGCUUAACGCGCCGACCGCCAUGAUCAGGCACGCCGACGAAAUCCCUGUGACGUACCUCAACAAGGGCCAAGCCUACUCGCUAUCGAUUGUCGAUACCACUCCAACCUUGCCAAUCGUGCCGGGUACGCGGUUUCGGACCUACGUGAGGGUGUCCUUUGAGGAUGAGCAGCAGCGUCAGAAACCAGGAGUCUGUUGGAGCUUGUGGAAGGAAGGUCGCGGCACCAACGAGGCUCAUCAAAGAGGAGGAAAACUGCAAGCGGUCGAGUACGUCGAGGCGGGGCAGCCAGCCGAAGGCGAUGACAAGAAGACGCGCAUUGAACUGGAGACUUCGUCGUUCGACGGAUUCUCCGUCAUCUGGACGCCGGGUGUCAACGGCGCCGUCGAGUGCAACAUUGCCGUCCGCUUCAACUUCCUGUCUACUGACUUCAGCCACUCUAAAGGGGUCAAGGGCAUUCCGGUUAGACUAUGCGCCAAGACCCAUCAGCUGCCCUCGGAUUCCCCCUCGCCGCCGGCCUCCGACAGUACCGCCGAAAUCUGCUACUGCAAGGUCAAGCUGUUCCGCGACCACGGCGCUGAGCGCAAGCUCUCCAACGACGUGGCGCACGUCCGAAAGACCAUCGAGAAGCUCAAGCAGCAAAUUGCCCAGGCCGAGAACGGGAUGAAAGACUUCGCCAAGCGGAAACGAAACGGCGGCGCGGUGAUGAAGGGCCAGAACGGUCAACGACCGGGGAAGGUCCAGAAGCACAAGCGCACUUGGUCCAUGUCGUCUGCCAGCUCAGCCGGGGGAGGCCCCCGGAUACCCCUGGAGGAGGACCUUCAGUUCAAGCUCCAAACCCUCCAAGACAUGUUCAGCAGCACGAGGCCAGUGAGCGUGCUUUACCUCCGCGGCGAGGAGCUGGACGAUCCUGACCUCCACCCGGUCUCGCUCCCUGGCGAAUCGCUCGACCUCACCAAGGUGGAGCCGCGCGAAUGCAACGCCUGGCGCAGCGAGCGCAGCUCCGUCGGCGGCUCGUCUCUCGUCUCGCCGUCGCCGAGCUCGCUCUCCCUCCACUCCUCCAUCGGUGCGGGCAAGCCCCAAUGGCAAGAUUACCAGAUGGGCGGCGGCUCCGAGUCGUCAUCGCGCGACCAGCCCACCAAAGUCCGGCAAGUCGACGAGGCCGGCAACCUCACCGGCUGGAUCGAAGCGCUCGGCGUCGACUCAACCUACCGCGCGCCCCACGAGCGCGCCACCCCGAAGCCGGUCGCCUGCUUCUACGUCGCCCGGCGCGCGCCGUCGGAGCCCGCAGGCCACGAGCUCCACCGCGCCGUCUACCUCCUGCAGCGCAGCCUCCGCGAGCUGGUCGCGCGCCUGGCGGCCAAGUGGAACUUCGACGCGAGCCGCGUCGCGCGCACCGUGCGCGUGAUCGAGCAGCGGGGACUCGAGGUCGAGAUGGACGACGAUGUCGUGCGCGAGCUGCCCGAGGGCCUCGACAUGACGCUCGAGAUCGUCGAGGUUAACGGCAGCCCCGGCGCGGGAGGCGAUGCCCCCGCCGUCAAGCGUGAGUGGGAGAUGGCCGUCGACGGGCCUAACGGCGGUGAGGCCGCCGACCUGCCUUCGCCGUCGAGCACCUCGCAGACGACGUACGAGCUCCGGUUGAGGUAUUAGAAAUGUUUUUUUUUUUUUUUUCUUUUGUUGGAUCUACGCCGGG